AUGAAGUGGUUAACCAGCCUACCAAAUGGAUGCAUCACCUCCUUUGCUCAUCUCGACAAUAUGUUCAAUCAACAAUUCGCCAGCAGCAGGUGCCUAGAGAAGCAAACAAGUGACCUGUACCGAGUAAUUCAACGCCCUGACGAACCUCUGAAGGACUACAUAGCUCGUUUCAUUAGGGAGAAGGUGACCGUCCCUGAAUGUGAUGUCCCAACAGCUAUCGAGGCAUUCAGACAAGGGUUAUAUGGCGAAACCGACCUCUGGAGGGAUCUAAUCAAAUACCCCUGUCUAAUGAACCAUCUUUCAAAGAUGGGGAAAGCAGUGCAAUGGCCGCCGAAGUCUAGCAAACCCGAGUCGAAGAAGGAUUCCUCGAAAUGGUGUGACUUCCAUGCUGACAUCGGCCACACAACCAACGAUUGUGUCGCAUUGAGGAGAGAAGUGGCUUAUCUGUUAAAGAACGGACAUCUAAAGGACGUUAUGUCAGACAAAGCUCCGAAGAGGCACGCUCGAGAGAACGAGAUAGAUAGACCAGCCCGAGCCGUAGCCGCCAAGUAUCUAACCCCCAUAUCCUUUGAUGAAUCUGAUGUAGGAGACAUCUCGGAUAAACAUCACGAUGGCCUAGUGAUCUCCAUUCCUGUUGGGAAUUGCAUGAUCAAACGCGUCCUUGUCGACAACGGCAGCUCAACUAAUGUGAUGAUGCUUGAUGCCCUCAAAGAGAUGGGGCUUAACCCGGAUACGGACGUCAUUAAAAAAUCCACCGUGUUGAUAGGGUUCAGCGGCGAAGCAAAGACUACCUCCGGAGAAGUCACCCUGCCUGUUUACGCUCAAGGGAUUAACCAACAGUCCAGUUCCGAACCGGUAAGCUAUAUCGAGCCCAAGUCCGAACAGCUCGAUGAGGUCAUCCUGGAUCCCGCCAAGCCAGACCAGGUUGUUUUUAUUGGAUGCGAUGUUCCUGACGACAUCAGGUCGGAACUUGUCGCAUUCCUCAAGGCCAACGCAGAUUGUUUCGCAUGGUCCCAUGAAUAUAUGCCCGGUAUCAGCCCAGAUGUCAUCACUCACAAACUCAGUGUCGACCCCAAUCAUAAGCCCGUCAAGCAGAAGCGACGAAAGUUCGCUCCAGAGCGCAACCAAAUUAUCAAUGAUGAGGUUCAACAACUGCUAGACACAGGUAAGAUCAGGGAAGUGAAGUAUCCGGACUGGCUAGCCAAAGUCGUCGUAGUAAGAAAGAAGAACGGGAAGUGCAUGAAGCUCAACCCCACCAAGUGCUCAUUUGGAGUCUCUUCUGGAAAGUUCUUAGGCUACAUGGUUACGCAAAGAGGGAUCGAAGCAAGUCCUGAUCAGAUCCGUGCAAUCAUCAACCUACAAUCACCUCGGAACCAGAAAGACGUGCAAAAGAAGAAUGAGAAGUUCAGCUGGACCGACCGCCACGAAGCCGCUUUACAGCAACUCAAGCGAUACCUGUCGAACCCUCCCCUGCUAUCCAAACCAAAAGACAAUGAAGAAUUACAGGUGUACCUUGCGGUCACGGAGUCAACCAUCAGUGCAGUAUUAGUACGAGAGGAAGACGGGAAACAACUACCUGUUUCUUACAUCAGUAAGUCUCUACUUAGCGCCGAAACAAGCAAAGGAUUCGAAGAUGCAGGCUUACUUGGAAAUAGCAAAAAGGCUCGUGAACAAGUUUGA